CGCUAAGCUCGAUUGUUGUUGUUUGGCUUCACUUGUGGAUGUUGAUUGUGCUGUUGAGCCAGUCUUCUUCUUCUUCUUCUUCUUCUUUGCUGUACGCUUUAUUUUCGCUCGGUAAUAGAGAGGCAAUCAAUGCAAUAUUAGAACGAGGUAUAUACAAACUGGGGACAAUCUAUUCGUUAAGACUCUGGUUUUCAAAAGUAAGCUCCCUCCUGCUCCGUCAAAGCUUCCUCAAAGCUCUCUCGAGCUUCACAACAACCCCGCCCAAACAUCAACCACAACCUGACCUCUUGCAAGCGAUUCAAUUGCACCACCUCCGUCCUAACAACUUCCCCAAGAUGACACUCCCUCCAUCCUCCACCUCCGUCGCGGAGACCAUGGCCCGACUCUCCUCCAAAUCCGGCGUCACAGCAACCAUCGCAAUCGAGCGAACCACAUCCACCGUUCUCCAAUUCACAGGAACACUAGGCACAAUGUUUGCAUCGAAUACAGCUGCUUCAAUCACAGCCCCCGGCCAGCCCGCACCUACAAAUACAGGUACAGCUGCCAGUCCUAAAACUGAGAGGGAGACGGCCUCGGCACUAGGGACGUCUGAUUCAGGGGAGGAGCAGGCGUUUAAGGAUUUUGCGAAGAUGGUGUGGAGUUAUGUGAAUGCUACGGGGCAGUUGGUGCAUGAUAUGGAUGCUGAGGAUGACCUCAAGCUAUUACGACUCAGGACUCGGAAACACGAACUCGUUAUUGUUCCAGACGCGAAAUUCAUAUUCGUCGUUGUUCACGAUGUCCCGUCAUCAUGAGGAGGGUCAGGGUUGGCUUCUACUACGAAUUGCGAAUUUAGUUGGCGUUGAGGGAAUACAUGGGAUGGGAUUGAUGGCAAGCGUAUACCCAUGCAUGGUCUGGAGUUUACGGGUGUUAACAUAUCUGGCGGAGAAUUACUUGAGAAUGAAAUGGGAUUUUUCCGAUCUGCGCAGACAACUUCACUGUCAGGUCAUGCUAUGCGAGCCGGUGUUGUGACCUGUUCCGAAACAACGAGGGCUGAGAGAUGCGGAAGUUGUGUGCUGCAGAAGUCUGCUAUACAACCCCUACAGUAUGACCUGUCAUGCCGCGGUGAAAGGACAUCUUUCCGACCGACACGCGUUGCUAUUAUUAUGCCAUAUGGUUCAACCGAAGCCAGGAUUUGCGUCCUUCGGUACGAGUAGGUAGGAAGGUGUUCGUCCGUCCAGCAACGCUUCUAAAACAUCUUUUGCUCCGAAAUAUCUCCUGGCAUGUGAUGGAUGGCACUUCCCAAGCAGAGACAGCUAGCAUGCAGUUAAAUCCUGCGACGUAUGCAACAAACCCGUCGAAGCACCUAAUUACUUCCUUCAAACAUCUGCUCUCCCACAUCUGGAGUUUAGUCCGACUCCCCUUUUUUCUUGGCAAUAGGAUUGGGAAGCCAUUCACGAUACUUACCGGAUUUUUAUAACUGAGUGGUUGAAACUAGCUACCGCCCAACAGUUACUUCCCUCAAGAUUGUCUUCCCCAGCGAGCUAUUGCCUGAUUGACUUUUACUUCUCGUGCCUGUACUGUAGCAUUCUGUGCUGUC